UCUUAACUAAUUUACCCUCAAAAAGAAUUCCCAACUAAACUCCUUUUUCUUCCUCGAACCCAGGGACUCUCUCAAUCACACAAGCCCCUACGGUCCCCUACCCAGGCCAGACUAGUCCUGUACUUUCUCAACCACCAAAACCCUUCAUCCUCCAAAACUCCUUCUCAAUCACCCAAUUGCCACUUCCAGAUCGCCCGCUACCCAGACCGCAAUUUGCCUUUGUCACCACCAGUUCACCUCCCACUACUUAAUCAGCGGUGAAGACGCCUCCCCCCGCCAACACUUCGUUAUCACACAUAUAACUACUUUCUCUUUCAUACUCUCUCCCCCCUUUCUCUCCCUCUUCCACUUCCACUUCCACUUCCCUGGAAUCCACCCCACCUUUGUAUCACCCCUUACAACAAUCCCCCUCGCAACUUUCCCCUCCUACAAAACAUUGGAACACCGCAGCCAUGGCCGCCCGUCCCUCCAACAUCGGUAUCAAGGCCAUUGAGCUUUACUUCCCCAGCCAGUGCGUCGACCAGGCCGAACUCGAGAAGUUCGAUGGCGUUUCCACCGGCAAAUACACCAUUGGUCUCGGCCAGACCAAGAUGUCCUUCUGUGACGACCGUGAGGAUAUCUACUCCCUCGCUCUCACCACCGUCACCUCCCUAUUCAAGAAAUACAAUGUGGAUCCCAACUCCAUCGGCCGUCUGGAAGUGGGCACCGAGACCCUGCUCGACAAGUCCAAAUCCGUCAAGUCUGUGCUCAUGCAGCUUUUCGAGGAAUCAGGCAACUACAAUGUCGAGGGUGUGGAUACCGUGAACGCCUGCUACGGAGGCACCAACGCUCUUUUCAACUCGGUCAACUGGAUGGAAUCCUCCGCAUGGGACGGACGCGACGCUGUCGUCGUUGCUGGAGAUAUCGCUCUCUACAAGAAGGGUAACGCCCGCCCAACUGGUGGAGCCGGCUGCGUGGCUAUGCUCAUCGGCCCUGACGCCCCUAUCGCCUUCGAGCCAGGCCUACGCGGCUCUUACGUUAGGCACGCCUACGAUUUCUACAAGCCAGACUUGACCAGCGAGUACCCAAUCGUCGAUGGCCAUUUCUCCAUCCAAUGCUACACCGAGGCCGUUGAUGCCUGCUACAAGGCUUACAACGCUCGCGAGACGACCCUGAAGUCCCAGUCCAAUGGAACCAAUGGACAUGCACAGGAGCAGGAGACUCCAUUGGACCGAUUCGACUACAUGUGCUUCCACGCCCCUACCUGCAAACUCGUCGCCAAGUCUUAUGCUCGCAUGUUGUACAAUGAUUUCCUGACAAACCCCGCCAACCCCAUCUUUGCUGAGGUUGCGCCCGAGCUUCGCGAUCUCGAUUACAAGACCUCUGUCACCGACAAGGCUGUCGAGAAGACCUUCAUGGGUCUCUCCAAGAAGCGCUUCGCCGCCCGCGUCCAGCCCAGUAUCCAGGUCCCCACCCAGUGCGGUAACAUGUACUGCGGCAGUGUCUACGGAUCUCUCGUCUCCUUGAUCGCCAACAUCGACAGCGAGGCUUCCAAUGGCAAGCGCAUUGGCUUGUUCAGCUACGGCAGCGGUCUCGCCUCCUCCCUCUUCUCUUUGAAGAUCCGCGGUAGCCUCGCCGAGAUCCAGAAGAAGUCUGACAUCCACGCCCGUUUGGACGCCCGCCGCGUCGUCGAGCCCCAGGUUUAUGAUGAUAUGUGCAACCUCCGCGAGCGCGCCCACUUGAAGAAGGACUACACUCCCCAGGGCAGCAUUGACGGCAUUCUCCCUGGUACCUACUACCUCACCGGCAUUGACGGCAUGUUCCGACGAACAUAUGCCAUCAAGGAGUAAACGGUCUUUUUCCUUUCUCCAAAGACUCACAUUCGAUUCUUCUUCUAUACUUUGCUGCAUUUUGGGCAUUUGCAGGAGUCAUUUGAUGAUCCAACG